AUCAUUUUAUCCUGUUUUGUGCUCUAGAAUUUCCAAAUUACAAUACAAGCAUUUCUCAUAUCCGAUCGACCAAAACAAAGAUGGCAGCAGAGAAGGCGGCUGACCUUCUGCUUGGUCCUGUUGUGAAUGUCACAAUAUCAAAGGUGUUUGAACAGCUCGGCUUAGCAGUGGGAUUCAAGCAGGAGCUGAUAAGGUUUCAUGGCACGCUGGAGAUGGUCAGGGGUGUGUUGGGUGACGCAGAGCAGAAGGGUGUGGCGGGCCGCUCUGAUGUGAAUAGUUGGCUUGAAAGACUCCGGAGUAUAGCUGAAGAGGCUGACGAUGUGAUGGAUGGAAUUUUAUAUGAAAAUCUGCGACGCAAGGUAGCAGCUAAGAAACAGAUGCUGAAACAGGUCAGUUAUCUCUUUACAACCUCCAAUCCUCUAGCAUUUCGCCUCAAAAUGGCUAACAAGAUUAAGAGUUUGAAUGCUGCCUUAGAUGUCCUUAACACCAUGGCCACUGGGUUAGGACUUCAACGCAGACUUGAAACAAGUCUUGAACCUAGAGGAAUCCAGCAGACGGACUCCUUACUAGGUGAACCAUCAGGAGUUAUAGGAAGAGAUGGUGAUGUUCAAAAAAUAGUUAAAUUAUUGAUUGACUCCAGUAAUCAGCAGCCUCUCUGUGUAGUUUCUAUAGUGGGUAUUGCAGGCCUUGGGAAAACUACUUUGGCAAGACUAGUGCGCAACAAUGAUCAAAUACAGGGACAUUUUUCCAAUAUUAUGUGGAUAUGUGUUUCUGAUAAAUUUGAUGUGAUGAGGAUUUUAGUACAGAUGCUAGAGUCUCUUAGCAAAGGUCAUUGUGAGAAUAUUACAAGCCGUGAUGUUAUAGUUCAAAAAAUAAAAGAAACGUUGGAGGAGAAAAACUAUCUCCUUAUUCUAGAUGAUGUGUGGAAUGAAGAGAGGCCGAAGUGGGAAGACUUAAGGCAUUGUUUGUUAGGGAUAAGUAAAAAGAAUGGGAGUAGGGUCCUUGUCACAAGUCGAAUUCAAAAUGUAGCAUCAGUGAUGGGAGUACUUCCUGAGCAUGUGCAUUGCCUCAAGCAGCUAAAAGAUGAUGACUGUUGGUCUGUAAUCAAGCAUAGAGUAUUCGGCAACUCUCCUAUUCCUUUAGAAUUGGAGACUAUUGGAAGGGAAAAUGCUAAAAAAUGUAAAGGUGUACCUUUAGUUGCAAGUGUUAUAGGGGGGGUUUUGUGCAAUAAUCACAACAAAAAUGACUGGCGUGAAGUAUGGGGUUUAGUAGAAGAGGCUGAUGGAGUUUUGCCUGUACUGCAAUUGAGUUUCAGUCGCCUGCCAAAAACAGCUUUGAAACAAUGUUUUGCUUUCUGCUCAAUUUUCCCUAAAGAUUUUGUCAUGGAAAAGGAGAUGUUAACUCAGCUCUGGAUGGCUCAUGGAUUUCUUUCUUGUGAAAGACAAAUGGAGAUGGAGGCUACCGGUGACAAGUACUUUAAUGACUUGUUAUCUUAUUCCUUAUUUCAAGAUGCAGAAAAAGAUUCUUGUGGGAGAGUUAUUACCUGCAAGAUGCAUGAUUUAAUACAUGAUCUUGCACAGUCUGUUUCAAAGCCUCAAACAUUGAUUUUGGGGAAUGGUAGUAGGAGUAAUAUUACUGCAGACAUUCGUCAUUUGAAUCUUAUUUCUGAUGAAGGUAUGGCAGCAGUUGAAAUAGUGGAUGCUACGCAAAAACUGCACACUUUGUUUUCCAAGACUGAUGUCUUUCACAACAUGCCUGCAAACUUCAAAAAGGUGCGGGUCCUCAGCUUCCAUGGUGCCAAUAUUGACAAGUUGCCAGCUUUAUUGAGAAAACUGAAGCAUUUGAGAUACUUAGAUGUUUCUGAAACCAAAAUCAAAAAACUUCCAGAAUUUAUCACCAAGCUAUAUCAGUUGCAGACUCUUAGAUUUAUGAAUUGUUAUUGCAUAAGGAGACCUCUGGAAGGAAUAGAGAAUUUAGUCAAUUUGAGGCAUCUUUAUUUCAAUUCUGAGAAGCUGAUGCCAGCAAGGGUUGGUAGUUUAACUUGUUUACAAACAUUAAAAUUAUUUGUUGUGAGUCAGCAAAAGGGACAUCAGAUUGAUGAAUUGGGAAGCUUAAGUCAACUCAAGGGCCAAUUAGAAAUAUCUAAUUUGAAGAUGGUUAGAAACAAAGAGGAAGCUAUCAUCGCAAAACUUUUUGAAAAGACUACAAUUCAGGAGUUGGCAUUGGAUUUUAACAGAAAAAUAGAUAAACACCAUGCAAGAAUGCGGGCUUGGCGGGAAUACUUAGAAGAAUGUAGAUCAGAAGAAAGAAGGAAACAUGAUGAAGAUGUCUUGGAAGGCCUCCAACCUCACUCAAACCUGAAAAGCCUAAGAAUUAGUAAUUAUUGUGGUGAAAAGUGUCCUUCAUGGAUGUUGGAAGAUCUUGGUAAUUUGGGUGAAUCAACUUAUCUCAAAAAUCUGGUUUCAUUGAAACUUUGUUACUUCCACCAAUUGAAAAUUAUUCCAUCACUUUCACUAAGCAACUUAGUGGAGCUGAACAUUUUCGGCUUAGAUGAAUUGGAAAGCAUGCCACCACUUUCGCUCAGCAGUGGCGCAAAGGUGCAAAUCAGACAAUGCAAGAAUCUGAAAACUAUUGCAGAUUCAUGUCUUCAGGAACUCUUUAUUUAUAAUUGUCAUGAACUGAUUAGUAUAGAGUUUGGAACACUUGCCACAAUGUCUCUCAAAGAAAUAUGCAUAAGCUACUGUCCAAAGUUAGAAAGUCUUUUCGAGUUGACUGAAUUACCCUACCUUCGUACACUUAGCCUUGAGGAUUGUAGGAAACUGAGGGAUAUUGGUGGUAAUUUAUUUGCCUCCACGUGUCCUAAUCUGGAAGCAUUAACCAUUGCUAGUUGUUAUAAUCUAAUGUCCAUGCCUAAUCUAGAUGGGCUUUUAUCUCUUCAAAGAAUUAGUAUUAGCUGCUGUCGGUUGAAAGGCAUAGGGGAGAGUUUAUCUACCUGCACGAGUCUCAAGAGGUUGUCUAUAGUGCUUUGUUAUAAUCUAGAGUCAGUUCCAAGUCUAGGUGGGCUUUCCUCUCUUGAGGAGUUGACCAUAGCAGACUGUGCUAAUCUAGUGUCCAUGCCUAGUGUAGAUAAGCUGAAAUCUCUUAAAAUUGAAAUUCGGGGUUGUGGGCAAUUGAGAAGCAUUGGGGAGACUUUAUCUUUAUCUACCUCCGCGUGUCUGAAGAACUUAUCUAUGUAUUCCUGUGAUAGUCUGGAGUCGAUUUCAAGUCUAGAUGGGCUCUCCUCUCUUGAGACUCUAAUUAUAGGAAGGUGUGGUGGAUUAACAAGUUUGCCGAGUGGUCUGUCAUCUUGCACUGCUCUUGAGACCUUGAAAAUAAGCAACUGCAAUAAUCUGAUCUCUAUAUCAGAGGAUUUGAGGGACUUGCGUUCUCUUGUUGAAUUAGAAAUUACAUACUGUGGAAAACUGAGGAACAUCCAAGGUCUAGGGGAGAUUCUUGGCUGCCUUACUCGAUUGAGGAAGCUACAUGUUGGUGGUUUCUCAGCAGAACAAGAGGAGCUAGAGGAAUACCCCAUCCAACUCGAAGAAUUAAGUUUGAUUGGAUGGAAAAAACUAGAGAAUCUGCCACGUCAAAUUCAACACCUAACUGCCCUUAGGGAACUCAGAUUACAGGAUUUCCAUGGACUCGAAGCUUUGCCAGAAUGGUUGCGACACUUAUCCUCUCUUCAAUCUCUGCAUAUUUUCAACUGCGAGUCUUUAAAAUAUAUGGAAGCCAUCCGAUGCCUCUCCAAUUUAAAAAGACUUGAUAUUGAUGGAUGCCCUGAGUUAGGAGGAAGAUGCGCCAAAAAAGAAUGCCACUGCAUGUCAAAUUCAAGUGACAAUGCAAUCAAGGAGGGUCAACAUGAAUUUUCAGAUCUCUCAUGCAAUAUAACUUCAUCUGACAUUUCAGACAUUUGCUUAUGGAAUGUGCUUUUCUGUUCCAGAACUUGCUCUCAAUUCGAGAUUUUGAAGAAUGUGAGAUUAUAUAAGGUACACACUAUGGAGACAAAAGUGGAAAAACAGACCAGUGAGGUUGAUUUUUGUAACAGUCGCUUCUUCCCUAAGCAGUUGCCAUUAAGCAGCCUACCUAAUCAAGCGUUACGGUCUGCGCAAGGCACUAACGAGGCAAUGUUUACAUCGAAGCAUACCAGACUCUUUCCAUCAGGCCCUCAAGGAUCUCAGCGGCAGCUUUGGAUUCAUAGUCUAUAAUACCAAAGCCGCUGAUGGAUCUCCUGUUGUUUGUGAUAAAUUGGAGGUCAUGCAAGAAACUUGCUGCUGAACUUUCAGUCUUGGCUAAACAUCCAAUCUGUACUGUUGUAUAGAGCUGAUUUUGGUCUAAGAAUUCUCUUGAGAGUGGAGAUUGUGUUUCGAAAUCUGCAACGGACCGUUUUGAGUUCGGAUUGGUAGUUCUGUUUUGGUGACUUCUUUCUCACUUGUUCUCCAGUCUUCUUGUCUUGGGGCUUCUUGUUUUCUCUUUUUACAUUUUUCCUUCUCAGAAAUUCUUCUUGUUUGGUGUUGUUAUUGUAAGAAGCUUGUAAAACUCUCUUGAUAUAGUGGAGCUAUUUUUCAUGGAACAAAGGUCCGUGGUUUUU